AUUUUCCCCCUAAUUUUCCCAGUCUUGAUUGGUUCUGUAACGGAGUGUUCUUGGCUUCUUCCCAUCUAGAAUGUGAAAACACAGAUAACAUCUCUAAAAACAACCUUUCGUGGCAGCAGCCACUUUCACAAGGACCCAUUUGGGUCACCGUUUGGUUCACUUUCGUUCCCCCUCUCCUCAAAGCCCCAGAUUUUCACGACCCUUUUCAGUGUUUUGGUGGCGAUUCUUUGCCUCAAGUGGAGUAUGGUUUUGGUUUUGUGCUAUGAUUGUGGAGGGGUUUUGGGUUUUCCACCAAUUGAGGGAUGCGUGAAACAACAUGAAUUGUCUUGGAUGCUGGUACUGGAUGCAUCUUGGCACAUGCCAAACGGUGCGUAUUACCUUAAGGUAACUCUUUGCAGCAUGGUACUGGAUAAUCAUGUUGUUUCUAUUGAUUGGCUCCAUUCUAACCUUAAGGUAGUCUCGAUUAUUGCUGACUUAAGCAUCGGAGUGUCUACCCCGAGGAUCUACCUCGGGGCUUUGCAGGUCAAUCCAGAGUGCAGAUACGGAUUGAAGAAGGACUUCUGGUCAGCCCGAGGUGGAAACUCGUCUCAGCCUCUUGGACAAGGUCAGGUCCCCAGCAACCUUCCGCCUCAUCCCCCACCCCCAAUCCCAAAUACGUUCCCUCUUGUUGAUCAUGCAGAAGGAGAAGACGAAAAUCAACCACACAAUUCGUUAGUACUAGCACAUCUAUUAGCCCGAAAUAAUCAUGGUGAUCCACUCAUCAACUUACUUAAUCCUACUCCACAACCUCUAGCCCCACCACAAAAUCCUGAACCAGUUCAGCAUGCUCCUGCUAUUAGUGAAUCUCAGGCCCAAUCUCACUUCGCGCCAGUUCAGCAACCCCUUCAUGGUGAUGUCACUCGACGUCUAGAUAGCUUAGAAAAGCUAAUGGUUGAACAACGAGGUGCCCCACCCCCGCACCCUGCUGCUGACUCCGUGCCCCACCCUCUCAACACCAAUAUUAUACUAGAACUCUAUCCCGCUGGCUUCAAAAUACCACAGCUUGAAACUUAUGAUGGGAUGAAGGACCCCGAUGAUCAUUUACAUGCUUUCUACUCUUGCAUGCAGGCCCAGAACGCCUCUGAUGCAUUGAUGUGCAAAAUCUUUCCCUCUACCCUCCGAGAAAUGGCAUCUGCUUUUGCCACAAAGUUUUCCAGUAGAAGGUUGAUCAGGAAAACCACUUCUGAGCUGAUGCGAGUUAAGCAGAAGGACGGAGAGUCUUUGAAAAAUUUUAUGAGCAGAUUCAAUGAUGCAGUACUGGAGGUUAACUCUUUUGACCAAGCUGUGGGAAUUACAGCUGUGAUCUCAGGUCUUAGCCAUGAGAGAUUCCGAGAUAGUUUGCUCAAACAUCCUGCCAACACCUUCAGCGAGGUAAAUGAUAGAUCGUUGAAAUUCAUAACUGCUGAGGAAUAUGCCCUGUCGCAGAACCUAACUCCUAUUAAGAGCCAACACCCGGACUGGAGAGAGGAGAAUCCGAACAGGAAACGGAUGAAGACAACACAGAACCGAGGUCCGAUGUCGACUUCCACCCUGAGAUUCGGAAGGCCGAACUCAGCACCUCCGCAACAACCUGCAGAGCACGGUCAUACAACAGAGCAAUGCAAUAGUCUAAGGUCCGAGCUGGAAAGUCUAGCGCAGAAAGGAAUGUUGAAUGAGUACAUCCAGAGAGUGGAACAACCAAGGUUUGUCAGAGAACAAGGGCCACAGCAUCAAGGAGUCUGCAAUCCCUUAAACAGGCAAGGUGUGGGAUAUCAGCAGGCCCCACCACCACUCCCCCCACCAGCUAGAGUCAUACACAUGAUUACGGGUGGUCUGGCAGCAGGUGGACUGAGCUCUAAGCAGCGAAAGUUGUAUGUCAAAGAGGUUAGGCACCAAAACCGAGCUCAGAAGCGAAAAUUUGACGAUGCUGAGUGGAAGAAUCAACCCAUCACUUUCACAUCUGCUGAUCUUAAGACAGUUGUCACACCUCACAAUGAUCCUCUAGUCACUUCUGUCACAAUCAACAAUUGUGAGGUGCAGCGUGUCUUUGUUGACACAAGGAGUGCACCAGACAUCAUGUACUUCCAUUGUUUUAAGAGUCUUGGGUUAGAUCCAGCUCUGUUGCAGCGGUAUGAUGGUCCCAUCUACGGGUUCAACAACCAACCAGUUCCAGUUGAAGGAGUCCUCACCAUGAAUGUUGCAUUUGGAAGUGGCCGAAGUUAUGUGACCCCUUCCGUGAGGUUUUUAGUAGUCAAGAUGGCGUCCUCUUUCAACGCUGUCAUCGGCCGACCUACACUGACUGCAAUCCGAGCUGUGGUUUCCCAGUCUCACCUAUGCAUGAAAUCCCCAACUCCUACGGGAAUAGCAACGCUGCGAGGCAACCAAGAGGUAGCCCGACAUUGCUAUAUCACCUCGGUCACGCAACCUCAGAAGGGUAAAGAUCAGACGCCCGAGGUCAAUCCCAAACGGAUUCCUGACAAUCGACAAGUUAUAGGUGUGGAGAUAGUAGAUAACCGACCAGAAGAUGAAACCAGAGCUGCUGCAGUCGAAGAUGUGGAAGAGGUACAGAUUGAUGACAGAGAUUCGAGCCGGAAAACGCAAAUUGGGACUAAAUUGAACCAAGAGGAAAGAGCAAAGCUAAUAGCUUUUCUUCGGGCCAAUAAAGAUGUUUUUGCAUGGACUUCAGCAGAUAUGCCGGGAAUUCCCACUUCAUUUUUUCAACAUAAAUUCAGCACCAAUCCCCUUAAGAAACCCGUAACCCAGAAGGUAGAUUACUGUGAGUGGGUCGCCAAUCCGGUGUUGGUGAAAAAAGUGAACGGUAAGUGGUGGAUGUGCAUUGAUUACACUAACCUCAACGAUGCAUGUCCAAAGGACUGUUAUCCAAUGCCAAACAUUGAUAAGCUGGUUGAGGCAGCUUCGGGAAAUAAGAGAUUAAGUCUCUUGGAUGCAUACUCAGGCUACCACCAGGUCCCAAUGGCUCUUGAGGAUGAAGAAAAAAUCUCGUUCUAUGCUGGCGAUGAGAUCUAUUGUUAUGUAAUGAUGCCCUUCGGCUUGAAGAACGCAGGUGCCACUUACCAGAAGAUGGUUACCAUCGUAUUCCGAGCUCAGAUAGGACGGAAUCUAGAAGUUUAUGUUGAUGAUAUAGUGGUAAAGAGUUUGAAAGCUGACGAUCACUUAACCGACCUUGAGGAGACAUUCAACAAUCUCAAACAUAAUAGAAUGAGGUUAAACCCAGCCAAAUGCAUCUUUGGUGUGGAGUCUGGAAAAUUCCUGGGUUUCAUGGUUUCCCGGAGAGGAAUUGAGGUCAACCCAGAGAAGAUCAAAGCAAUUACCGAGAUGGAACCGCCGAAAUCAGUGAAGGAUAUACAGAGGUUGACUGGAAGGGUAGCAGCUCUUCAUCGGUUCAUAUCGAAGUCAGCAGAUAAGUGCCUACCGUUUUUCAAGAUUAUGAGUUCGGUUCUGGUAAGAGAAGAAGCCAAGCAGCAGAAACCAAUAUAUUAUAUCAGUAGUGUGCUGCAUGGAGCCGAGCUGAGGUAUCCUAUAGCUGAGAAAGCAACCUUAGCAGUUGUUACUUCGGCCAGAAAGUUGAGGCCAUAUUUCCAGUCGCACCCGAUCAUUAUUCUUACAGACCAACCCCUUCGGCAGAUUCUGCAAAAGCCUGAGUGUUCUGGAAGAUUAAUUAAGUGGGCAGUAGAACUGGGGGAAUUUGAGAUAGCAUUUCAGCAGAGAUCUGCAAUCCGAGCUCAGGCACUGGUAGAUUUUAUUGUGGAGUGCACUCCAGGUGAUUCCAUUCCUACUUUGGAGCCCAAUGACUGGACCUUAUAUGUUGAUGGGGCAUCUAAUAGCAAAGGUUCAGGAGCUGGUGCUCUCUUGAUCGGCCCAGAUGGAUACCGAAGUGAACAUGCUUUGAAAUUUAACUUCGAUGCAACAAACAACAUGGCUGAACUUGGUCUGCAGCUAGCAUUGGAAUGAAAACUCAGUACGAUCCAAGUAUAUAGUGACUCCCAGCUGGUGGUGAACCAAAUUAACUCAAUCUACGAAGUUGUUGAUCCUGUGAUGGUGAAAUACGUAACUCUGGUGGCCGACCUGAAGUGCAAAUUCCAGAAAUUUUGUCUGAGCAAAAUCCCCCGAACUGAGAAUGAACAGGCAGAUUCACU